ACAAGAGAUGAUCAUCGUUGAUGCUUCUAGAUUAAUCCAUCAGUUACAGUUCGAAAUUCGGAGUGACAAGAUGCAUAAAUUUGUCAGUUCAUUGUUUGGCUUUUCUGCUGUGGUCAUCUUCAUUUUACAGCUACAUGUUAAUGGAGUAUGUGCAACAACAACGCACAAAAGUAUUGAACAAACAACUCAUUAUGAAACUGUAUUAUCAGUUCACGUGACGCUACUUAGAAGUGAAGAAAGAGAGACGGUUCAUGGACAUGUAAGUUGUCAAUUGAUGCAUAGAGCGCCCUUUGAGGACGUAAAUCCUCAUUUCAUUAUCAAAGAUCAUAUGAAUUGGGAUGUAACCAGUGAAUGGUAUAGACAUGAUUCUUUGCGAUUCUACAAGUGCACCACAGAGUCCAAUGGAGAUAUCUACCGAGUAAGAGCAAUAUAUCUUGGUAAGAUUGCAGUGAGAAGAGUUACUUACCCUGAUAAUGGAGGAAUAGAAGUGGAGAGAAUGUUUCUUAAAAAAGAUACUGAAAACCGUGAUGUGUACUCAGCCCGAAUUACAUUCACAUACUACAUAUCAACUGAAAAAAAAGAAGUUAUGAUAUGCAGUGGUGCUACAGUGACUGUCAAAGAGGGUUUGUUGGGCGAAAUAAAAAAUGGUUUGAAUUGUUUGAAUUGUUUUAAGCCAUAAAAGUGAUUUGGGGCUCAUUCGUGAUUACAUAAUUCAACUUAUGAGUUUUGAACUUUCAAGUUAUUAAUAUACAAUAGAAUACAGUAUCUAUUUUAAACACUAAUUAUUAUUAAUUUCAGAAAAAUUCUGAGUGAAAUUGAAACAUAAUACAAUUUACAAAUGAUAGAUGAUUGGAAAUUAAAUUUGUGAGAUGUGAUUGAUAUUAAAAUUGAUUGAUGAAAAAGAAAU